AUGCAGUCAGCUUACAUAGGUCUAGUUGCCGACGCGAUGGCUUCUCGCUCGUUAAAGCCCGUCGCAAUGCCGCCGCCACCCAUCAUCCUAGUAACAGACCACUCCACAACACCCCCAACAGCCACACGCUACACAUUCGACCGCAACGACAUCGACUUCUCCCUCGCCUACAGAAGAAUCAAAUCCCUUCUCACCCACCCACCAUGCCCGCACCACCCCCAAUACCUCUGGCCCUGCGACGCCUGCGAGUCCGCCUUCACCGCAAAAUACUGGACAUGCGCCGCCACGCUCCUCGACUACUUCGCGGACUUCCACUCCAUCGACACGCCCCUCAUGCAAUCGAUAUGGUUCUAUCUCCUCGACAUCUGGCAGGAAAGUGCGCAUAUCCUCCCCUACGAAACCGUACUUGAUGAGACCAUCGAACACAGUGUCGCACUCAUUGGCAGGGCGCGCGCCAGAGACUUUGAAAAAGCAGUUCGCGAUACCAUUACUUUGUUCGAAGUCACGGUUUGGGGUCGUAGAACAGAGGCGGAUUCCUGGGACCAAGUUAUCUAUGACCCGAGGGGUGAGGCUAUGUGUCCCGUGGGAGAGUACGACACCGGUCCCUGGGCUAGUGGGGUGAAGCCCUGGAACCAGUUUCUGGGAGAGGGAGGAAUGGGUGUUGCGGCGCCGUGGUCUGCUGCUGCUUCGACUUCAACUUCACAAGACAAUACAAACGGAGACAGAGAUGGAGAUGGAGGUAGGGAUGGGGAACAUGAGAAGACAAUAACCCGCUACAUCCCCCACCCCGCCAUCGCCCUAAUAGAAGGCCACACCGCACGCUCCCGCCUCCUCGCCAAUUCCUUCUACACAAAGCAGAAGCUCACUCCACCCCAAUACAACGCCGCCCUCGCAGACUGGGAAGCACACACCGUCGUCCUGCCUUCCAAGCGCAGUCAACCCCACACGUACACUUCGCGUUUCACGGGCCGCGAAACUACAUACACGUUAUCCAAUGGCGCGCCGCCGAUUAUGCGCUACGAGGGGCUCGGCGACCCCCAAUUAGAACUUGCGGUUCCGGAUGGAGAUUGGAAUCUGAUGGAUGAGUGUGUGGCUAGUUGUAGGGGGGUUACGGCGUAUGUCGGUGUUAGUGGCGGGGAUGAAGAUGAGGAGGAUGAGGAUAUGAUGGAUAGUGAGGAUGAGUUGGUGCCGUUUGAUUUGUGGACUGUGGUUGAGAAGGGGAUUGGAGGAGGAGGACGGGGCGAGGUGUUGGAUUUGGGAGGCACUGGAGGUAUGUUCGAGACUUGGUAUGCGGAGGAAUGA